GCAACAGCGGCAACAGCGGUAACGGAAGGAAGAGGAGGGAGGGAGGGGAACCCAAGGGAACCCAAAGCAGGAAAGAUUUCCUGAAGCCGUCUGGACUUGUAGGCACCCUCGUCCCUUUCUAGGUACGAAUAGUUACACGCUUCUCUCCGCACGCACGCCGAUUCCUACAAGAACCAUGAGCGAAGACAUAGCAAAGACAGAGGACAUCAGGGCGGAGGACGUCUUCGAGCCUCAUCUUCUGAAGACGUACGAUCCCGAGUUCGUCAAGUUCAUGCUCAAAAUUAGGGCGUCCAGUGCCGCCUCCGCGUCAGAUGAGUUCACCGUCGAAGAGGUUCGCGCGAAUCCUGCCCGAUUUGAACCUCCGUGUGCCAAGGACACCACCGGAUACGAGAGGGUCACCGACAAGGUGCUGACCUCCCAAGACGGCGCCAAGUUUCCCAUUAAGAUCUACCACCCAGAUCCGGUGCGGUUCGGCGAAGGGCCGUAUGGGUUACAUCUUAACUUCCACGGAGGUGGGUUUGUGCUGGGCAGCUUGAGCACCGAGUCCUCGUUAUGUCUGAGCAUGCGGGACGGCGCCGGCGUCGUCGUGAUUGAUGUUGAUUAUCGACUUUGCCCAGAAACGCUCUGGGGCAAAUGCAUGCAAGACGCGUUCGCUGCGUGGGAAUGGGCUCGAGACUCCGCAGACGUCUUGAACAUCAAGCCGGACUCGAUCUCGGCAGGAGGCAUAUCCGCCGGCGGGCACAUAUCCCUCGUCCUGCAGCACUUGGCACGAGAUGCUGGGAUGCCGCUGAAGCUAUGCCUAGCGACAGUACCCCCGACAUCAGACGCACUUACAUACACACACCACACGGAUUCGCCUUUCAAGUCCUUCCAAGAAUUUGCUUUCGGCCCCAUCCUGCCAUGGGACCGGAUACACUUCUUCGGACGAACAUGUCUCCCCGAGGGCAAGUCCGAGGAGAUCCUGGCUACCUGGCCCGAAUGGUGGAUUUCGCCCCUGAAGGCACAGAACGUGCGCGGCCUGGGUGACACGUUCAUCAGGACAGGCGGGUGCGAUCCGCUGCGAGACGAAGGCGAGGCCUACGCGCAGAAGCUGGUUGAGGGCGGCAACCGAGUUACCGUCAAGCGCUACGUUGGGUCGCCGCACACGUUCCCGUACUUUGGCUGGUUCCACAAGAAGCAGGAGUUCGACCUGGACACGAUCGCGGCGCUGAAGCAAGCGCACGGAGUGCAGGUCAAAUAGGAGACACUAGUGUUUGACCACGACGGGCUUUUCAGAGCCUUCGCAGGUUCCAAGGCGGUGAGUUUCACGUGGGCUGAAGAAUACGGUGCACCAUUAGUGCGUAUCCGACAAAACGAUUUUCGCGAAUUGAAAAUCGACCGAAACGUAAAAAUGGGGCCACCUUAUUGAGCUACUAUAAAAGUCAUUAACUUCAAUGAUAUAUUAUUAAAUCAUUUAAAGAGAUAUAAUUAAACGGAUUUUAUAUUUGAA